UGGCAUCUUCAACAUAACAACAACCAACAAACAGAGAAACCAGAGAACAUCUUCUUACUAGGCUCGUUAUCGAAACACCAAGCUAUACUGUAAACGCACCUAAGUUAUCUCCAACUCAUCACGAUGUUUGAGCACUUCGAGCCGCGCCAUAUCCCCGCACUCUUCACAGCGACCGUCAUGACCUUUGGCGGGAUGUGGUCAUUUCUAGACGCGCGAGCCGCCAUGCUCGAGUUCGGCCUGCCAGAUCGCAUUGCCAGCACGCCCGCCGCUGCUGCAGUGAUGCUUAUCAACAACGCCCGCACCACUUCCUUCGGCAUCUGCAUGUAUACUCUUUACUUUCGCCGCGAACUAGUCGCGUGCGAUACCAUCCUCGCCGUCCUGGGCGCCUAUGCGGGACUGGUUGAUAGCUAUGUCGUGUGGAAGGAGGGGAAUCCUCGUAAGGCAGCUUUCCGCCUUGUGAGUUCCGGCUUGCUUUCUGCUGUUGGGUUUGCUGGGUGGACCGCUGGCCGUUAAUAUGUUGGAUACCACCAAUGCUACGUCAGUACACUAGGCUCUACGAAGUUGGGACAGGGGUCUCUCCAUCACCUACUUAAUAGGGUAUGUACUAGAGCUUCGGUACCGAGUGGAUAAUUCAUAGUUGUGGAUUAUACGGCUUUUUAUAUUAGGUGCCUGUUAUAUGCAUUAUAAAUUCUAGAUUAUAGCU